UGGCCGCAAUCCUGGGCGCCUGCGUGCUGCGAUAGGUGUGGCCCUCCAGUGACGAGGCGAGACCUUCUGCCAGCGCACGCGCACUAAGGCGGCCACCCAACCUGUCCGGCGGAGAGCAUGCGCGCCGCAGCGGGGUGUUCCGCUCUGGUUGCUGCCUCUCCUCCCCUCUGCGGCAGUUUCCAUAACAUCUGAUCCACCAUGGCUGAUGACCUCGACUUUGAGACCGGCGAUGCCGGGGCAUCGGCCACCUUCCCCAUGCAGUGCUCCGCUCUCCGCAAAAACGGCUUUGUGGUGCUCAAAGGGCGUCCCUGCAAGAUUGUGGAGAUGUCCACCUCCAAGACCGGCAAGCACGGGCAUGCCAAAGUGCACCUUGUUGGCAUCGACAUCUUCACCGGGAAGAAAUACGAAGAUAUCUGCCCUUCAACCCACAACAUGGAUGUGCCCAAUAUUAAGAGAAAUGACUUCCAGCUCAUUGGGAUCCAGGAUGGGUACCUCUCCCUGCUCCAGGACAGCGGAGAAGUGCGGGAGGACCUGCGCCUUCCCGAGGGAGACCUGGGCAAGGAGAUUGAACAGAAGUAUGACUGUGGCGAAGAAAUUCUGGUAAGGGAUGGCACGUGGGGGCGGGGGCGGGCCCUGCAUGGGCCAGUGGGGGAAGAUUAGGGUUGUCGAGCUCCC